CUCAUCUCCGCCAUCGCCGCAAUGUGCCGCCUCUUCUUCCUCCUCCUCCUCGUCCUCUCUGCCGCCGCCCAUGGCGGCCACGACGACUCUGACUUGGACGCCGAUGCCUCCGUCGACACUAGCAAGCCCAAUCUCCGGGAGAGGUCCUUGAUCUUGGUGAAGAUAUGGUGUUUGAUACUAAUCUUCGCCGGCACGUUCGCCGGCGGCAUGUCACCCUAUUUCAUGAAGUGGAACGAGGGUUUUUUGGUUCUGGGCACGCAGUUCGCUGGCGGCGUGUUUCUGGGCACGGCUCUCAUGCAUUUUCUCAGCGAUUCGAAUGAGACUUUUGGGGACUUGACGACCAAAGAAUACCCGUUCGCCUUCAUGCUGGCGAGCGCUGGGUAUUUGCUCACCAUGUUGGCUGAUUGCUUGAUUUCUCAUGUUUACGGGAAGCAGGGAAAUGAGUCCCACAAUGGCGACGUCGAGCUUCCAGGCAACACAAAAGAUAGUAGCAAAGAUAAGAUUUCAGAGUUUAACCAUCAGGUCCAUCAUGAUGGCAUUGACAAUAGCUUUGUCAAAGCCACCUCGCUUGUAGCCGCCAAAUCGUUUGGUGAUACCAUCUUACUGAUAGUUGCCCUGUGUUUCCAUUCGGUCUUUGAAGGCAUCGCAAUUGGGGUUGCAGAAACAGAGGGAGAUGCUUGGAAAGCUCUAUGGACAAUUAGCUUGCACAAGAUAUUUGCAGCCAUUGCAAUGGGAAUAGCCCUGCUUAGGAUGAUCCCGAACCGCCCCUUCUUAUUGUGUGCGUCCUAUGCCUUUGCUUUCGCGAUCUCAAGCCCCAUUGGUGUGGCCAUUGGGAUCAUCAUAGACGCCACAACUCAGGGGGUUGUGGCCGAUUGGAUUUUCGCCAUCUCAAUGGGCUUCGCGUGUGGCGUCUUUGUGUAUGUGUCCAUUAAUCUUCUAUUGGCCAAAGGGUACUCUCCACAAAAGCCAGUAUUUGUUGACACGGCCUUUUAUAGGUUCUUGGCAACCCUUCUAGGUGUUGGGGUGAUUGCAAUAGUGAUGAUUUGGGACACUUGAGCCCUCAUUAAGUUUGGCCUCAAUAUAUAUGUUAGUGAUGUAUGCUCUAAUGUUGGAUUUAGAUGACUUCCGUGUGCAAUAGGAAUACAUGUAUAAUAUUCUUGUAAUUAAUAAAAUAGUUAUUUCUUAA